AUGUCCCCUUGUUCGUACAUGACGGGCAUUUUGCUCGGUGCUCUCUUACUAGUAACACCCGGAGAUGCCCGUGUGGGACAGGUUUCAUCUGCCUCUGUAGCUGGCGCACCGCUAUUUGACAGCGAGAAGUUCCAAUUGACAGAUCAUGACAUUGCCAAGCUCAACCGACACCAAUCAGCCCUGGUUAAAUUUGGGUGCGAUGGCCCUGAUAAUACCAAGCGACCUACAGGGAAAUGCAAGGUUUUCCCCGGUGACCGCCACUGGCCGUCGCAAUCUGCAUGGUCGACCUUGGAUAACCUCCUAGGUGGCGCGCUCAUCAAGACAGUCCCCCUAGCGGCGUCUUGCUAUGCUUCAUGGCCCCAAUAUGACAGCGAUGAAUGUGAAAGAAUCAGCUCAGAGUGGGGUGACUCUCAUCUUCAUGCUGCUGACCCAGCGUCGGCAAUGUGGCCUCUGUUCGAGGGAAGAACCUGCCUGCCCACUACCAAUGCCUCUGCAUCUUGCACAGUGGGUGGCUACAGCAGCUAUGCUGUGAAUGUGAGCAAUGUGGCUCAAAUCCAGCUUGCUGUCAACUUUGCACGUAACGCGGAUAUCCGUCUGGUCGUUAAGAACACCGGCCAUGACUUCAAUGGAAAAUCAACCGGUGCUGGUGCUUUGGGUAUCUGGACCCACCAUCUCAAGGACAUUGAAUACUAUGAGAAUUAUCGUGGCUCAGGUUACCAGGGUCCAGCUGUCAAGAUGGGGUCAGGUGUGCAGGCCUUUGAGGUCUAUGCAAAGGGUCAGGAACUUGGAUUCACUGCCGUUGGUGGCGAAGGCAAGACUGUCGGUGUUGCCGGUGGCUACGUUCUCGGCGGUGGCCACUCGCCCAUGUCCAGCGUGUACGGCCUGGCUGCUGACCAAGUUUUGGCUCUUGAGGUCGUGCUGGCCAACGGACGCUUCGUCACAGUGACCGAAAAAAGUAAUCCCGAUCUAUUCUGGGCUCUGCGUGGUGGUGGUGGUGGAACCUACGGAGUCGUCACUUCGCUCAUCUCUCGUGUCUACCCCAAGGUCGGCGUGACAGUCUCGACAUUCAACUUCUCCACUGGCGAGGAUGUCUCCGUAGAGACUUUCUGGGCUGGCGUUCGCUCAUACUUUGAGCGAUUCCCGGCUCACGCCGACGCCGGCACCUACGCCUACUUUUGGGUGCUGCCCACAGGCCCUAACGCCUUUACCUUCCUAAUGAACCCCUUCUUCGCCGUCAAUCACACAGUGGACGAGUUCAACGCUUUAGUCAAGCCAUGGUACGAUGACCUCCACGAGCUGGGCAUCUCAUUCCAACCAAACACAACCUACUACGACAAUUUCUACGACGCCUGGAUGGCCGGAUUCCCCCUCGAAGGCGUCGCCUCCUCAACCAUGAUGACCGGCUCUCGCCUCUUCCCGCGCGCAAACUGGGAGACCCCCACCUCCCUGAAUGAGACCUUCGAUGCCCUGCGUGCCACUAUUACUGACGGCUUCGCAUUGCUCGCAUUCAACAUGAAAGCCGAGCUGCAAAAGGGCUUCCCCUCGAACGCAGCAAACCCGGCUUUCCGUCAGACGCUGAUGCAUGCCAUUACAUCGACCUCCUGGACGAAUACCACCUCCGAUGCUGAUAUUAAAGUCAAGAUGGAUGACCUCACGAAAACCGUUGGCAAGUGGCGCGCUGUCUGCCCCGACUCCGGCGCGUACAUGUCCGAGUCGGAUAUCCAAGAGCCGCACUUCCAGCAGGCUUUCUACGGUACCAACUACGGCCGCUUGUAUAGACUUAAGCAGCGUUAUGACCCGACUGCCUUGUUCUAUGCGCCUACUGGUGUUGGUAGUGAGGAUUGGGUUGUGAAGAGCCUUGAUGGUCUUCCCGAUCAGAAUGGUCGGUUGUGUCGUGUUUAA